CGUGUCUCCGCCGCGCUCGCCAUGGACGCGUUAGCGGCCGAGCUGGGGACUCUGACCGCGGAGCAGGCGGCGGCUCCCGUGAACACGGUGGAGGAAAAAUGGAGGCUUCUUCCAGCUUUUCUAAAGGUGAAAGGACUUGUGAAGCAGCACAUAGACUCAUUCAACUAUUUCAUCAAUGUAGAGAUAAAGAAAAUCAUGAAAGCCAAUGAAAAAGUCACAAGUGAUGCUGACCCAAUGUGGUAUUUGAAAUACCUCAAUAUCUAUGUGGGAGUUCCAGAUGUUGAAGAAAGCUUUAAUGUAACAAGACCUGUGUCUCCUCAUGAGUGUCGCUUGAGAGAUAUGACCUACUCUGCCCCAAUUACAGUGGACAUUGAGUACACUAGAGGUAGCCAGAGGAUUAUUCGCAAUGCAUUACCCAUUGGCAGAAUGCCUAUAAUGCUGCGCAGCUCCAAUUGUGUUCUUACUGGGAAAACUCCAGCAGAGUUUGCCAAACUUAAUGAAUGCCCUUUAGAUCCAGGUGGCUAUUUCAUUGUCAAAGGUGUAGAGAAAGUCAUUCUUAUUCAAGAGCAGUUAUCCAAAAACAGGAUCAUUGUGGAAGCUGAUAGAAAAGGGACAGUUGGCGCUUCUGUUACCAGUUCUACUCAUGAGAAGAAGAGCAGAACAAAUAUGAUUGUGAAACAAGGAAGAUUUUACCUGAGGCAUAACACUCUGUCAGAAGAUAUUCCCAUUGCUAUUAUAUUUAAGGCCAUGGGUGUUGAGAGUGACCAAGAGAUUGUGCAGAUGAUUGGUACAGAAGAGCACGUGAUGGCUGCAUUUGGUCCCAGUUUGGAAGAAUGCCAAAAAGCUCAGAUUUUUACACAGAUGCAGGUAAAAGAAUUUCAUUUCCGUGCCAAGUGCAUCUACACAGCAGUGAUGGUCCGCAGGGUAAUUCUGGCCCAAGGAGAAAACAAAGUAGAUGACAGAGACUAUUAUGGAAACAAGCGAUUGGAAUUGGCUGGGCAGCUUCUUUCCCUUCUCUUCGAAGAUUUGUUCAAAAAAUUUAACUCUGAAAUGAAAAAGAUUGCUGAUCAGGUAAUUCCAAAGCAGAGAGCAGCCCAGUUUGAUGUAGUGAAGCAUAUGCGUCAAGAUCAGAUCACCAAUGGCAUGGUAAAUGCCAUCUCUACUGGAAAUUGGUCACUGAAAAGAUUCAAAAUGGACCGCCAAGGUGUGACACAGGUAUUGUCCCGCUUGUCUUAUAUAUCUGCUCUGGGAAUGAUGACAAGAAUCUCUUCUCAGUUUGAAAAGACAAGAAAAGUGAGUGGCCCCCGAUCUCUUCAGCCAUCUCAGUGGGGUAUGCUUUGCCCAUCAGACACUCCUGAAGGAGAGGCUUGUGGUUUGGUUAAAAACCUAGCUCUGAUGACUCACAUUACUACUGAUAUGGAAGAUGGCCCGAUUAUUAAAUUAGCCAGUAACCUUGGAGUAGAAGAUGUAAACUUACUAUGUGGAGAAGAACUUUCAUAUCCAAAUGUGUUCCUUGUCUUCCUUAAUGGUAACAUCCUGGGUGUCAUUCGAGACCAUCCGAAACUAGUUCACACGUUUCGGCUAAUGCGGCGAGCAGGUUAUAUCAAUGAAUUUGUUUCAAUCUCCACGAAUCUUGCUGACAGAUGUGUCUACAUUUCCUCUGAUGGAGGAAGACUGUGCAGACCCUACAUAAUUGUAAAGAAGCAAAAACCUGCAGUUACAGACAAGCAUAUGGAAGAACUUGCUCAGGGAUACAGGAAUUUUGAAGAUUUUUUGCAUGAAGGCCUAGUUGAAUAUUUGGACGUGAAUGAGGAAAAUGACUGCAACAUUGCACUGUAUGAACAUACAAUUACUAAAGAUACAACACACUUGGAGAUUGAACCUUUCACACUUCUUGGCGUCUGUGCUGGGCUUAUUCCAUAUCCUCACCAUAACCAGUCCCCAAGAAACACUUACCAGUGUGCUAUGGGGAAGCAAGCAAUGGGUACCAUUGGGUACAAUCAACGGAACAGAAUUGAUACUCUUAUGUAUCUGUUAGCAUAUCCACAAAGGCCAAUGGUUAAAACAAAAACCAUUGAACUGAUAGAGUUUGAGAAACUGCCAGCUGGACAGAAUGCCACAGUUGCUGUGAUGAGCUACAGUGGUUAUGAUAUUGAAGAUGCUCUUGUCUUAAACAAGGCUUCCUUGGACAGAGGAUUUGGAAGGUGUCUUGUGUAUAAGAAUGCCAAGUGUACACUGAAGCGCUACACAAAUCAGACAUUCGACAAAGUGAUGGGUCCAAUGUUAGAUGCAGCUACACGUAAACCAAUUUGGCGUCAUGAAAUUUUAGAUGCUGAUGGUAUUUGCUCUCCAGGUGAAAAGGUAGAAAACAAACAAGUGCUUGUGAACAAGUCAAUGCCAACUGUGACCCAGACUCCUCUGGAAGGAAGUAAUGUUCCUCAACAGCCACAGUAUAAAGAUGUACCAGUAACAUACAAAGGUGCAACUGAUUCAUAUAUUGAGAAAGUAAUGAUCUCUUCAAAUGCAGAGGAUGCUUUUUUGAUCAAAAUGUUGUUGAGACAAACUAGACGUCCAGAAAUUGGAGAUAAAUUUAGCAGUCGUCAUGGACAAAAAGGGGUAUGUGGGCUGAUAGUACCUCAGGAGGACAUGCCAUUUUGUGAUACAGGAAUUUGUCCAGAUAUCAUUAUGAAUCCUCACGGCUUCCCAUCGCGUAUGACGGUGGGAAAGUUAAUUGAGCUCUUGGCAGGGAAAGCUGGUGUCCUAGAUGGCAGAUUUCACUAUGGAACAGCUUUUGGAGGUAGCAAAGUUAAGGAUGUGUGUGAAGAUCUCAUUCGCCAUGGGUAUAACUACUUAGGGAAGGACUACGUAACAUCUGGCAUCACUGGAGAACCCUUGGAAGCAUAUAUCUAUUUUGGCCCUGUGUAUUAUCAGAAACUAAAGCAUAUGGUGUUGGAUAAGAUGCAUGCCAGAGCUCGAGGCCCUAGAGCUGUCCUUACCAGGCAACCCACUGAAGGUCGAUCGCGUGAUGGUGGUUUACGUCUUGGAGAAAUGGAACGAGAUUGUUUAAUAGGUUAUGGAGCCAGCAUGCUUUUGCUGGAGAGACUGAUGAUUUCAAGUGAUGCCUUUGAAGUGGAUGUCUGUGGACAGUGUGGCUUGCUGGGAUAUUCUGCUUGGUGCCAUUACUGCAAGUCGUCUUGCCACGUGUCAUCCCUGCGCAUUCCAUAUGCCUGUAAACUAUUAUUCCAAGAACUCCAGUCUAUGAACAUUAUACCCAGGCUAAAAUUGGCCAAGUACAAUGAAUGAGCCAGCAAAACAAAGACUUAAGAAGAAAUUUAAAAAAAUGUGCAGAACUGGAAGGAAUUUCUGUGAAAAGGAGUGACUGUUAAAACUGAGGGGGUGGGGGAGGGAGGGAAGAGUACUGAUGAAUUCCUUAUUAUUUUCCCUCUGCUAUUUUAAGUUGAUUGAGAGACUGUGCUGCAGAGAACGUCAAGAGCAAUUGGUGGGGACUCAGGCAGCCUGGAUGAAUGAGAUGUGUAGCAAUUGUGUAAUAAGGCCCUGAUCCAGCAAAGCACACGUAACUUUUAAGCAUGUGAUAGUCAUGCAUUCAGGAUGCAAGUGCUUCUUUGGAUCAGGGCUUAAGUUUUAUUAACUACAGUGGUUUAUCCAUAUUACUUAAGUAUUAGUUUAAUUUUUCCAGACAGACAGGGUAUGAAAGACUAAUAAAAAUUUUUUCAAGUA